AUGGCCCUGCGUCAGGAUCCGAAUUACUAUGUAGAGGUGGCGGGUGGCGGCAUCUACCCCAUAAAGACGUGGUGCUUCUUCGCAGAGAUCGUGGACGACUCCCUCAGCCAGAUGCCCGAGUUCUUCAACCGAUGCGAGGUGCGUGACAUCACCGGGGAGACCGCCAGCGUGCUGUUUGGCCUGGAGGGCGGGCCCAUGGCGUUCAGGGACCUCACGUCUGGGGCCACCCUUUUUGUGCGCUACGCCAGCAAGUGCUACUUUUCAGACCUCGCGACACAGGUUCUCAAGGUGGAGGACCUGUCCAUGGUCAAGGUGGUGCAGGCCCCCCUCGACCUGCUGCUCUCACUCUCACAGUACUACUGGGACAGAUCGCGCUGCGCGGCCUGCCGCCGCCCGCUGGCCGCCGCGACGGCGACGCAGUGGUGCGCGCGCUGCGGGGCGGCGGCGUACUGCGGGGCGGAGUGCAGGGCGCGGCACGCGCCAGACCACGGGGGCCACUGCCACCUGUGCUUCGAGCUGAGCGCGGUGCUGUCCAUUGACUUUGACCGGUACGUGGAGCCGGUGCCCUUCCGGUAG